AUGCAUUACACAACUACCGCUUUUCUGGCUUUACUAGCCGGCACCACGUCUGCCGCUGUCGGCGACUGGCAGCAAUGCGGUGGCAUUGGUUGGAGUGGUCAAACAACAUGCAAUUCUGGUUUAGGAUGUGUCAAGAUAAAUGAAUACUACUCCCAAUGUCAACCCGGAGCAGCACCAGCACCCAGUCCCACACCGACACCGACACCGACCCCAUCAGCUCCAAGCAACUCAACUCCAAGCGAACCAGCCGCCAGCAGCGUGCCAGGCGGAACCGGACCCGGCACAACCCUCCAGGCGGGCUACUACUGGAUCCGCGCCGUCGCCGCUCCCAACUUCCACAAGUACAUCCAAACCAACCCGCUCUACUCCACUGGCCUCGCCCUCCUCGGCGACCACACCACCGCCGGCCAACUCCAAGUCGUCUCCGGCCAACUCGUGCAGCUCAUAUCUGCACCCGGCGCCCCCGUCAAACUCCUCUAUGCCAACGUGUCCCCCGAGCGUGUCAUCAACAACAUGUCCCUCGCCGUCACCUUUUCCGAGACCAAGAACACGUACGGCACGUUUGCAUGGGGCGGCGACGACUUGCAGUGGACUAGCACGGAUGUCACACGGCCGAACAAGAGCGCGUGGUACGUAUGUACAGGCCAGAAGUUGUAUAUUAACCUGGGCAAUUACUUGUAUCAGACGCCGAGUGGGUGUGCAGAUCAGACAAUUCAUUAUUAUAAUGAUAAGACGGCUAAUGCAUAG